UAUGAAUGACAGGGCAUCAGGUAUUCACGUGGUGACUGUUUCACAGAAAAACACGGCAGAAAUUUAGGAAAAGAACCUUGGUUAAUAUUUAAAAAUCACCUGUAAAUAAAAAACGAAUACAAACACAUUUGAAACAAGUGUGUAAGAUGAAGAUGUGAUAGAAAUGAAUAAAUAAAUCAAAUAAAUCAAUCUUGGCCUCCAUGUUGUCCCUGCAGAGCCGAGCUUUUCUUUGGUUCCGUUCUCAGAUCCUUCCAGGAUAAAGUCCAGAAACUUUUCCUGAAAUUCUCUGCUUAGCAGAAGGAGAACUUUAUGAUGGAUCACUUGGAUACUGUGUAGUAGUGCUUCUAAAACUGCAGGUACAAAGGAAAUCCUUUAGAGGGCGCAAUAUUUGUACCUAAAGUCUGGAAUUUCACGAGGGACUGUUGAAAAAGCAGGAACUAGUUCAGUGAGCGUCACAGAGAAAGAAACUCUCCAUGAGUAAACACCGAGGAUCAUCUUCAACACCUGGUCAGGUAAGACUAAACAGACAGAGGGAGAGCUGAAACACCGAAACACAGACGGCUGCAGAUGGAAAAACCAACUAAAUCAAAGUGAAAGUAAGAUAAUAGUUUGUGUUGGAGGGGAAAUUACGUCCUGGUUUCACGCUUUGUCCGCUAUGGUUUCAGUUUCAGUCGGAGACCAAAUGGCGUCCAGGUUAGAGGAGGAUCUCUGCUGUCCGGUCUGCUGCGACGUCUAUAAGGGUCCGGUUAUCCUGCCAUGCAGCCACAGCUUCUGUAAGGAAUGUUUGCAGACCUGCUGGAGAGUUAGAGCUGGACGCUCAUGUCCGGUUUGUAGAAAAAGAUCCGCAACAGACGCUCCUCCCUGUAACCUGGCUCUGAAGAACCUCUGUGAAUCAUUCCUACAGCAGAAAGACCAGAAAAUUUCAGAGGGUCUCUGCAGUCUGCACUCUGAGAAACUCAAACUCUUCUGUCUGGACCAUCAGCAGCCGGUUUGUCUCGUCUGCAGAGAUUCAGAUAAACACUCCAGCCACAGAUUCAGGCCCAUCGAUGAAGCUGCUCAGGAUCACAGAGAGAAUCUGAAAACAUUUCUGGAGCCUUUAAAGAAGAAACUGGAGCUGAAGAAGAAAGUUAAAGAGGAGUUUGAUCAGACAGCAGAACACAUGAAGGUCCAGGCCCGACACACAGAGAGGCAGAUUGUUGAGCAGUUUAAGAAGCUUCAUCAGUUUCUAGCAGAGGAAGAGGAGGCCAGGCUGGCUGCACUGAGGGAGGAAGAGGAGCAGAAGAGAGGGAUGAUGAAGGAGAAGAUGGAGGCUCUGAGCAGAGAGAUAGCAGCUCUUUCAGACACAGUCAGAACCACAGAGGAGGAGCUGAGAGCUGCAGACGUCUCAUUCCUGCACAACUACAAAGCUGCAGUGGAAAGAGUCCAGCGCUGCCCCCUGCUGGAGGAUCCACAGCUGCCCUCAGGAGCCCUGAUAGACCAGGCCAAACAUCUGGGCAACCUGGCCUUCAACAUCUGGAGCAACAUGAAGAACAUGGUGACCUACACUCCUCUGGUUCUGGACCCAAACACGGCUGGGUCAAGACUCAUCCUGUCUGAAAAUCUGACCAGUGGGACGUUUGGAGAGAAACAGCAGCUUCCUGAUAAUCCAGAGAGGUUUGGAGCAGAGUGGUCCGUCCUCGGCUCUGAGGGCUUUAACUCGGGGAGCCACAGCUGGGAUGUCGAUGUUGGAGACAACAGAGUGUGGGUGCUCGGCGUGUUGGCAGAGUCUGUCCACAGGAAGAGUGACGUAAAGUCUGGAUUAUCGGUUAUCUGGUUCUAUGAAGGGAUUUACUCAGCCGUCUGCCCGUCGGCUCCUUCCGCUGAUCUCUGCGUCCAGAAGAAGAUCCGUAGGAUCCGAGUGGAUCUGGACUUGGACGGAGGGAAUCUGUCCUUCUCUGAUCUGGACACGAACACACACAUACACACCUUCACACACACCUUCAGCGACAGGAUGUUCCCUUACUUCAGAAUGGUGAAAACAACCAGGAUCCUCCCGAUGGAGAUCUCAGUGAUCAAACAGCAGCUCUGACGUCACGACAUGGAGCUGCUGAUCAGAGUGAUCCUUAUCGAUCAGAUUGAAACUGAUCGUUCAGCAAAAUUUGCUAUCGUGACAGGCCUAAUCAUCCGGCUGCUUUCUGCUUCAGAUCCAGAUGCUACAAACUAAAUGUGACAGGAAGUGAAACUUCUUUACUUCCUGUGUGGCUCUGAUCAGAUCUUGAGUUUCAUGAAUCCAUCAUCUUUGUCUGAGUUGCAUCCAAAACAUCGAUACCAAGUCGGUAUCAGGAUCGGAAAAAGCUCAAUUCGGAUCAGAUAUUGAUCCUAUUAGUUAAUGGAUCAUUAGUUAACUUUAUCAACUAAAGCUUAGUUAAUAUUUUAGUUAAUGAUUUUUUAAAAAUGUUACUUUAAUUUCUCAACUCUACCUCAAAAAUGACUUUAUUUAGAUUUUUUUCUUAAUGUUUAUUUAGGAGAAAAGGCAC